AUGUCAGAUAAAGAAGCAGGCGUUGCCAGCUCAUUGGGCUCUAAUUCUCCUAUUAAUAAGGAUGAAGUAGACGUGAAAAAUACAGAAGAACAUUCAAAACAAGAAUCCAAAUCCGAUAUUAACAAGCCACCGCUCAAGAAGAUUAAAGCAGAUGAUGGUAUAGAUAUAUCGGAUUCUUUUUCUAGAAGAGAGAACAAAGGCAAUAAUAAGGUUAUAUCUUCGGUAUACAACGAUGAAAAUAAAAAGACUCCAGCGUGGAUGAAGAGUAAGACAACUGAUAAGUAUGAUAAAUAUGGUUCAAGAUCUACACCGAUUGCAACGCCGACUGCUCCAGUUAAUAACCCAGAUGAAAGGUAUUCCAAAUAUAUGACUAACUCUGUCAAUUCGAAUGAUAGAGUAAGAAGGCCACCUACUGAAACGACAUCUAGUCAAUAUGAUAAGAAGCGAGCACACGAUGAAGCUGAAGAUGAUGUCGUAGCUCCGUACAGUAAUCUCGCAGUUGCGAAUCCAUCAUCGAAUUUAUAUCAAACCUUUCAAAGUCAUAUAAACAAUAGAGAAGGCAAAGACAUCAACAGUAUCGUUAGGUCACAUUAUAAUCAAAGGACUCAACAAUCAAAAUUUCAAGGAUCUAGAACGAAAUCACCCAUUUACAAAUUAAGAAACUUCAAUAAUGCUAUUAAAUAUAUCUUAUUGGGUAAUUGGGUUAAGCCCAAUCCAGACUCCAACCGCCCAACUGUCAUACUUGAUUUAUGCUGCGGUAAAGGAGGAGACUUAAAUAAAUGUGAAUUCGUUUCGGUCGAUCAGUAUAUUGGAAUUGACAUAUCAGAUGCAUCGAUUAAGGAAGCAUUUUCGAGAUAUUCAAGAAAUAAGGCUCGUUUUAUUCCACAAACAGCCGAAAGUAAGAAGGAAAGAGAUACCAGAAGGUAUAAUUUCGAAGCAUGCUUUGCUACUGGUGACUGUUUCAGCAGUAGUAUACCUGAAAUUUUGGAGCCAAAUUUUCCUGGGAUAAUAGACGGCUUGUUUCCUGUAGAUUGUGUUUCUUUACAAUUUGCAAUGCACUAUGCCUUUGAGACAGAAGAGAAGGUGCAUCAACUAUUGACAAACGUGACCAAGUCGUUAAGGGCCGGUGGUACGCUUAUUGGCACUAUUCCGUCAUCAGACUUUAUUAGAGAUAAAAUAGUGAAUCGUGCUUUUAUUGAUCAAGAAAAUAGAAAGUUUGGUAAUGAUUUAUACUCGGUUACUUUCCAUAAAGAUCCGCCAGAUGAAGGUGUCUUCCGACCACCUUUUGGUAAUGGAUAUAAUUAUAGUUUAAAGGAUGCGAUCGACGAUGUUCCAGAAUAUGUUGUUCCUUUUGAAGUCUUCCGUGGCUUAUGUGAAGAAUAUGGCUUGGUCUUAAAAUAUAAGAAAAACUUUAUUGACAUUUUUAACCAAGAAAUACCGAAAUAUUUCUCCAAAUUAAAUAAAAAUUUAAUCGAGGGAAUGAAGAGAUCGGAUGGAAAAUAUGGAGCUGAAGGACUUGAAAAAGAAGCUGUAGGCUUCUAUAUAGGUUUUGUAUUUGAAAAACUUGGUAAUUGA